GCUUGACUGGGGGGGCUGAAUAGAACUGCCUUUUUUGCCGUCUAUCCAUCCCGCCUUUUCGCUCCCACCUCGUUCUCAUCCUGCGCACUCCAUUCAACCGUCACCACACCUUUCAUUUUAAUUGCUCAACACUACCACAGUCCUAGAACUCGACACUCCUUCCGCUCGUUCUUACGCACCUCUUUCCUCCCUGAUUUACCCUCAGCGAUAUAUACAGCAGAAAAGUACAAUAACUAUCACCACUGCUUCUCAUUCGCCCCAACCGAAACCCGCACUCUUUGUCUCCGAGACCGUCCCUCGAGUCUGGCCAUGCGCAUUGUCUCGCGAGAUCGCCUUUGAUGGGCGGACCCCGACAGCAGUUCUCUCUCCCUCCGCCACCGUUUCACUCUUGCGCCUGCCGCCAACAAUGAGCCCGAUACCCAGGGCUCACCAUGUCUUGCAUACCCUGCUGCGGCGGGAAGACCAAGAGGUCAACAAGCCCACCGACCCCCACGGGUUGGUUCUUGAAGCAUGGGCUGAAGGAUUCAUGAUCGGCUCACUCAUAAUCAUGUCCUGCAUAACAUUGGCCAAUAUGCGUAGAGGGGUUCUAUUACACAAGCUCAUUUUGCUCGAGCUCGUCCUGGGCUAUUGGCAAGGCUUCUUCAUUCUAUUUGACCCUCCCAUUUACGCCUGGUGGCUUUCCGUGGCCGCCAUUUUCCUCAAUAUCUCCUGGUCUUUGCACAAUGUCAUUGCGUGGAUGAAGAUCCGACCAUUCCUGAACAAAACUGCCAGUCGACUAUUCAUUGGCACCAUCAUCCUUGUCCAACCGUAUUGGGUGGUGGAGAUUUAUGCCAACUUCACAUACUUCCAUAACAUCAACAAAGUCUUCCUUAAGACGAGGCCAUGGGAGGCGCUGUGUCGCGACCCAUGGUGGGUGCUAGCCGCCUGCAUCCUGUUCUACAACAUCAAAACAAAAUACGAUCUCACCUUGGUGCAAAUCGUCCGAAUCUCACCCCGCUUUGCAGUCAUGUUGGGCGCAAUGAUUCUGAGCAUCUGUUUCAUAGUCCUGGAUGUGCUGUCCGUUACAUCAGCACUCAAGUCUGCCCUCCCGGUCGGGAUCAAUCCUUUCUGGAAAUUGUCGUUCGUCUUCAAGUGUCUGACUGAUUCCGUGGUGCUGGACGACUUUAAGACUGCUCUGGAUCGCCUCAGAGCCUUCAAGCUGAGUCGCUUGGGCAGUUUCGCCAUGGAUGGCGCAGAUACACGAGCAAAGCAACAUAUGGACGAUGUCAUAAAGGCGAACAACUGGUCUUCGCCGCCGCCAUCGGGAGAUCGGGCUCAACCUGUCAGCCCCUUGCCAGACAUGCCCAGAAGCCCCGAUGGUGACUAUAUCAAUCCGCCAUGGGAGGAACUCAAACCUGGACCAACUCAUCACAUCGAAGAUGAGCGGUUUGCCGCUGUGGCAAGAAAUGCGUCAAGGGAUCGUGACGCCGAAGAAAACGGGUUCGACGCAAUCGAUUAUGCUGACCCGCAACGAGAGUCCAGUGAUGCACAUAUACUUCGAUCUCAAUCCAGCUGGCCUGGCAGGAGGUCAUCCGAGGAGACAUCUGAUGCUGAUAUCGAGUAUGCGAUGGCCGUAAGGCAAAUGACUAAUGAGUCGAUGGAAAACGAUCGAAAAAGAGCCAAGGGAACAAGAGGUAUUGCAAGAUGACCCUGACGAAAGUUUGUCAGAACACCAGUAUUCACGGUGCUGCCUCAUGCUCGCAGAUCGCCUUCUAGAGGUAGCCAGGAAAUGAUUUUGGCCGCCUGGAUCUUCUGUCAUACAAAUAAACCUGCCGAGGCCCUUCGGCGACCUACCAGCGGGCAUUACGAGAUCCGUGCACAUACUUUCACAUUUUUUAAGGGUUCGAAAGGUAUGACGACUCUCAGUGCAUCCUCAGUCCGAGCUACAGAAGCAGAGCAACUGCACAGAGCCGCCUAUCGGCAGUUUCGUAAUUGGGAAGCCGAACAGGGCGCGCUGUCAACUGUCAAUUGCUGGACUUGCCUUUCGACAGGAUGCUAAAAACCUAGACCUAGCAUAAUCCGUUCAUGGGGGAGUUGGCUGGUUGCUGACCCGGACAUGAUGUUUGCGCGAUGAGAUAAUAACGUUGAGACUUUGGGCCAGAUCUUGCGGUUGAUGAUUGAUUGUGAUACCCUCAGCGAUUUGACGACAUAUAGGGAAAACGUUCAGAGAAACGUUUAAUAAAAUUCAGUGCUGGGUAUUUCCGGCGAUACAGGUACUAAACGAUUGCUCUUCUAUAUCCGGAUAUUCUUCAAAGUUCUAG